AUGCCUUCAGAAGAAUGCCCCCAGAUCAUCUUCGGGGCCGGGUUCAUCGGCAACGCGGACCCGUUCGUCAGCGACGAGGGCCUCAAAGCCACAUAUGACCUGAUCGCCCAGUACGGGAUCACGCGGCUCGACUCGGCGCAGCUGUACGGGGAGAGCGAGCGAAGGCUGGGCGAAACGAAAGCGGGCGAGAGGUUUUCCAUCGACACGAAGUGGUUGAUGGGGUGGAAUCCCGGGUUGGCGACGAAGGAGGGAAUCGUCGCUGGGGCGAAGGAGAGUGUGAAGAAGAUUGGAUGCGUGGUCGACGUAUUCUACCUCCACUGCCCCGACGUGACGGUCCCGCUAGAAUCAACCCUCGCAGGCGUCCACGAAGCGCACCAACUCGGGCUGUUCAAACGGUUCGGCCUGUCCAACUACCCCGCCGCCGACGUGGUCUGGAUCCACAACCACUGCAAAGCCCAGGGAUACAUCCUCCCCAGCGUGUUCCAGGGCAACUACGCGGCCGUGGCGCGCAAGCUGGAAACGACGCUAUUCCCGACGCUGCGCGACCUGGGCAUCGCCUUCUACGCCUACUCCCCCGUGGCGGGGGGCCUGCUGACCAAGACGAAGCAGCAGAUCGUGGACGGGGCGGGCCGCUACAACACCAACUUCAUGAACGGCAUGUACGACCAGAUGUACCUGAAGGAGUCGUACCUGCGGGCCCUGGGGGAGUGGGAGGACAUCGCGCGCGAGCAGGGGUGUUCGCGCGCCGAGCUCGCGUACCGCUGGGUCGCGUACCACAGUGCGCUGGACGCGGAGUGCGGUGACGGCGUCGUCAUCGGCGCGAGCAAGUUUGAGCAGAUCGAGCCGACGCUGCGGGGGUUGAGGAGGGGGAAAUUGACGGAGAGUGUGGUCGAGAGGAUCGAGAGGGUGUGGGACACGGUCAAGCACGAUGCGCCGACGGAUGCGUUUGCAAAGUAG